AGGUCAACGGAAGCUCUAAGAAAGAUGGCGUCAUUAUUCAUGUCAGCAACCAGCGCUCUUUGCUCCUCAUAAAUAGCGGCCUCUGCAGCCUCUGCUCUCUCCCAUCUCUCUUACGCGCUAUGUUUGGAUAUCCAACAAUCCCACGCGCCUCCUCCGAGGUUUUCAGCGACUCCCUGUCGGCCCCCGACGUCCUGACGACUUCGCCGUUAAUCUUCCCUACAUUAUGUCCGGUAACCGCCGAGUUGUUCGAGUCAGUGACCGAGGCGUUUCACAGUGGCAGCAGCAGCGGGAGUUACAACUCGCCGAGUUCGCUCACCAGUUGCAGCACCACUACCACUCAGAGACGGAGUCUGAUGCAGAGAAGCGUCAGUAGCCAUUCCCUCAAAAUUCAAAAGAAUGGGUUUCAUAAUUGUCAUUUGGCCACCAGCCUUAACGAGUCUAUUGAUUCUGAUUCCGUCCCGGUGAGGAGAGUUUUCAGUACCGGAGAUUUAGACCAGGGAAAUAGCAUGGGGCAGCGUAAUUGGAGGUGGGAGAGUCCACUAGGGAGUGAGAGUAAUGCGAUCAUUGAAGGAAUGAGCAGAGCCUGCCGCUAUAGUCCUCAACAGAAGAAAGAAAGGAUUGAAAGAUAUCGAAGUAAAAGAAAUCUGAGGAACUUCAACAAGAAGAUUAAGUAUGCCUGUAGGAAAACAUUGGCAGAUAGUAGGCCACGUGUUCGAGGUCGAUUCGUAAGAAAUGAAGAAAUCGAGAAGAUCAAUGAUCAUCAAGUUGAAUGGAUUCAUGUAAAUGGUGAGGAAGAAGACGAUGAAGAGAAUUGGAUUGCUUUUAUUGAUUCACUCUCACCAAAUCUCAUUAAUCCUUAAUGUUAAAAGGAGUUUCUAAUGUUUUUCUUUUUGCAAAUUUACUGUGAAAAUUGUAUUAGAUUUGCUUUUGUUCUUUUAAUAUUUUGAUGCAAUGUUAACUAAGUUCUUCUUACCUUUAAA